AUGGGAGCGGCAUCGUCACGGCCACACGAGGAAGCGGAGGACUGGGAGGACCACUUCCAGCACGAGUACGAGCAGCCCACCGCAGCCAACUGGGCCGAAGAUGAGGAGGAAGAGGCCUCCGUCUCCGUUCACCUGGGUCCACGUCUGGUGCGGCGGCUGCAGCAGCGACAGAGUGGCGGCGCGGCAGCUAGGCGGCCCCAGCAGCAGCAGCGGGAGAAGCAGGAGCAGCAGCAACGCUUCGACGAGGCCGCGCUCGAGCUGGACGUCGACGAAGCGCUGCCGCCGCCGCUGUCCGAAGAGGAGCUCGACAGCAUCGCCUUCUCCACGCCGCUCCCGCUGCUCUUGGGCGACGACGACGUAGAGGAGGAGGUGCGUCAUGGCGCCGGCGAGGCGUCCACGUCGGUGGUGGUGCCCGCGCGACGCGCCGGCGGCGUGUCGCAGGCCGACCGCGAGUUCGCGCAGCAGGAGGUGGCCGAGGUGCGCCAGCGCUUCCGCGCGGAGCAGGAGAAGAUCAGCGCGACCGAGGUGGAGCAGCUCCACAAGCUGCGCGGCCUCCUCGAUGCCAUGACCCGCCACCGAAGGGCGUCCGAGGACAGCUGCGAAGCGGAGAGGAGCGCGUGCCUGGAGUGCUACGCGAAGGAGACCGACGACCCGCUUGCCUGCGCCGCCAAGGCCCGCGCCUUCAAGCAGUGCGCCACUGCCCCGGUGAGAAAGGGCGCCCCCGUGUGA